CAACAAGGAGUUCGGUAUAGCCUCUCAUCACCCCUCAUCCUCCAUCCCCUCCAUAUAUGGCCCAUUGGCCAGUGCAGCUGUUCAAUACCUUCUGUCCACUUCACUAGCCCUAUUCUCUCUCUUACCCUUCCUGACUCUGCACAAUGGACCCCGCCAAACCUGCCGUGUCAUCCACCUUGGGCGAGGCCAAGUACCUCGAAUUUCCCUGCGUACCAGCGGGCACCAAGCACGAAGACGGUACCCCUGUCUUGAACCGUUGGUCUUCUACUAUCACCAGAGGCCAUGAGUUCCCUGGAGCGAAGGCUAUGCUCUACGCGGCAGGCAUUCCCGAUCACAAUGCCAUGACGAGGAGUCCCCAGGUUGGAGUUGCAUCUGUGUGGUGGGAAGGCAAUCCUUGCAAUAUGCACCUGUUGGACCUGGCCAAGACGGUGAAAAAGGCGAUCACGGACCAAGGCAUGAUUGGAUGGCAGUACAAUACCAUUGGUGUGUCGGAUGCGAUUGGCAUGGGUAGUGAAGGUAUGCGGUUUUCUCUCCAGACCCGUGAAAUCAUUGCAGACAGCGUUGAGUCUGUAACAUGCGCUCAAUACCAUGACGCCUGCAUUGCCAUCCCCGGAUGCGACAAGAACAUGCCUGGUGUGGUGAUGGGUAUGGCGAGACACAAUCGGCCCUCGAUCAUGCUCUACGGUGGUACUAUCGAAGUUGGAUAUUCCCAGCUUCUUCGGAAGCGUGUAAGCGUUUCGACAUGCUUCGAAGCUGCUGGUGCCUAUACAUAUAACACUCUCCGUCAACCGGAUGAUGGAGGUGAUACUAGCAAGAGCAAGGAUGAGAUUAUGGAUGAUCUGGAGAGGCAUGCCUGCCCGAGCGCGGGAGCAUGUGGUGGUAUGUUCACGGCCAACACCAUGGCUACAGCAAUUGAGUCCAUGGGUCUCUCCUUGCCCGGCUCGUCUUCUACCCCUGCAUCCUCCCCAACCAAGAUGCGUGAGUGUGUCAAGGCAGCCGAAGCCAUCAAGGUUUGCAUGGAAAAGGACAUCCGUCCUCGGGACUUGUUGACCAAGCGGUCUUUCGAGAAUGCCCUGGUCAUGACUAUGGCCCUGGGAGGAAGCACCAAUGGUGUGCUCCACUUCCUGGCUAUGGCCCGCACUGCCGGCGUGGACCUUACUCUAGACGAUGUCCAGCGGGUCAGCAACAAGAUCCCUUUCAUUGCAGACCUGUCUCCUAGUGGAAAGUACUACAUGGCGGACCUCUACGAAGUCGGAGGCAUCCCGUCGGUCCAGAAGUUGUUGAUCGCAGCUGGUCUGCUUGAUGGCGAUAUUCCCACUGUGACCGGCAAGACUCUGGCCCAGAACGUAGCAUCACACCCAUCGUUGUCUGCUGACCAGGUCAUCAUCCGCCCCCUGGACAACCCUAUCAAGGCGACGGGCCACCUUCAGAUCCUGCGAGGUAACCUUGCACCCGGCGGUGCGGUUGCUAAGAUUACCGGCAAGGAAGGGCUCCGGUUCACGGGUAAGGCGCGCGUGUUUGACAAGGAGCAUCAGCUCAACGAGGCCCUGAACCAGGGCAAGAUCCCUCACGGCGAGAACCUGGUCAUUGUUGUUCGUUACGAGGGCCCUAAGGGUGGCCCGGGAAUGCCGGAACAGCUCAAGGCUAGUGCAGCGCUCAUGGGAGCCAAGCUCACCAACGUGGCACUGAUUACGGACGGUCGAUACUCUGGCGCUAGUCACGGAUUCAUUGUGGGGCAUAUUGUCCCUGAAGCUGCCGUAGGAGGUCCCAUUGCCGUUGUUCGAGACGGCGAUGUGAUCACUAUUGAUGCCGAAUCAAAUGCCAUCACUAUGGAUGUAUCGGAUGAGGAGGUGCAGCAGCGUCUGCGGGAGUGGAAGCCCCCAGCACCGCAUGUCACACGAGGUGUGCUGGCCAAAUAUGCCCGGUUGGUGGGAGAUGCCUCGAACGGAGCCAUGACGGAUCUAUUUUAGGUGGAUUGGUAUGAAUUUGGCUCAGUUCCCAGUUUCUCAAUGAACUUAUUUGUUUAUUUCAAGAUGUAUCCAUACUAUAACCCAACUUGGCUGUGGAGAAUGUCUCCAAUGACGCAGCUGUCCUGUCAUGGUAGUACUCUGGAAUAGUUUGAUACUAUGUACACAUCAGGAAUCAAAAUACAGAAUGACAACAAA